AUGGGUUCUUCAUCGUAUAUAUGGAAGUCUAUUGUGCACUCAGCUUCCGUAUUAAAGGAAGGAUUUGUUUGGGAAGUGGGAGCUCUUUCUAAGAAUUUCUGGUUUGACUCUUGGUUGCACUCUGGGCCAGUAGGAGCGAGGGUUGAAUUUCUUGAUAUCUGGGAGGCUACUUUGACCAUUGAAGAUGUUUACCGUGAUGAAGUUUGGCAUUUGGAGAGGAUUUACUCUUUUAUUCCUAGGGACUUAAGGGAAGACAUUCUUAGUUUAGUACAUAUUUCGGCUUCUAGUCGUGAUUUGGGUUGGAGUUGGGAGCACACUAUUUACUCUGCUAAACAAGGAUAUUUAUGGUUAAUUCAGAAGAAGUUGAAUUGGGAUAGGAAUAUCAACUGGCUUUGGCUUUGGAAGGCGCGGGUCCCUGAAAAGUUGAGGCUCCUAGUGUGGCUUUGCCUUCAUGAUGCUGUACCAACUCAAUAUCUGCAGGUGCAUGAUUGGUUCAAGCAUGGCCUCCUCAAUGAAGGUUGUUCCAAAUUCGCAGCUAUAAUAUGGUCAAUUUGGCAAGAUAGAAAUAUGGGUAAUUUUCAGGGACUUUUUGGAUUUACUGGGUCAAUUGCAUACAAGGCUCGCAGGUGCAUGGUGGAUUUUGAAUAUACAACUCAGAAUCGAGUGUAUUGCAUCCAGGGAUUAAAACCUCUGUCUUGGUCUCCACCAGAACCUGGUGCUUGGAAGUUAAAUUGUGAUGGGAGUGUGAACUUGGGGGAUGAUUGUGCUGGUUUUGGGUGA